AUAAUAGUGUAAUAUAAUGCGGCCACAAAGAAUAGAGUCGAUGCUGUACGAUAAAGUUUUUAUCGCGUAAGCGAUUAAAGUGCCGCGGCGCGCUUAACAAUUCGAAACGCAACAAGUGGCGGGAAAAUAUGGCGACAGUCAAGGUGACGCGCUGUCAGCUGUGCCGCGCGUCAGCUGUGCCGCGCGUUCCCGCCUUUUUCGAUUCAUCGCGUCGCGGAGCACGUUGCCGGCCGCUGCGUCAAGCCUAGUCAAGUCAGAAUCGCGUCGGGCAGCGCCGGGAUGUGUCGAGUAGUGUCGAGAUUCGGCUUUAGACACGCGGGUAUCGAAAAACGGUCGAUUUGACGCUUGGAAGGUACGAAGCAUGGAUCCGAGCGAGGUCGAGUUUCUCGGCGAGAAGGAGCUGGUCAGCAUAGUGCCGAACUUCAACUCCGACGUGAUCUACCUGAUCUCGGGUUCGGUGGGGCCGUUUCGCGCCGGUCUGCCCGUGAAGGUGCCGAUCUGGCUCGCCGUGUGCCUGAAGCAGAAGCAGAAGUGCCGUAUUGUCAGCCAAGAGUGGAUGGACAUCGAGGGUCUGAACGAGAGGAAGGAGAUGGAGAAGAUGUCCAAGUUAUUUACGGAGAUGCCGAGCUGUCAUUACAUGGACGAGAGUCAAAUUUUGCUAAACGUGGCGAACGACGAUAUUCCUGACGCGGAUGGAAUAAGGAUCGCCGUGAAGGACAUAUGGGAUAUAAGAAUGUCUAAAUUGCGCACAUCCGUGGACGCUUUUGUGAAGAGCGAGGGGGUGCAUGCGAGAUUGGAUCAUCUCACUGCAAUGGAAAUUAAUAGUAUACGACCGCUGCUGCCACAUGCGUUAGAUCAAAUGUUGCGGAUACAAUCUGCAAAUACAGGAGAAGUAAAUUCCCAGCAAAGCAGCGGAAGUUUGUAAGAAAAGUAAUAUCUAGUUGUUAUGUUAAUGCUUGUGUGAUAUAGUCAAUAGAGAUGUGUGAAUAUUUUUAUAAUUUUUACAGUUUGAUUGUCUAGUAUUUGAAUCAUAUUGGAGGUCAUGUAGUAUAAAUAACAGGGAAUAAAGUACACGGUAUAUUUUA